AUGGUCGCCUUCGACAAGUGUGAAACCCGACCGGCCCAUAUCGACGCCAUUCUUAAUGGCCUCGAUCGGUACAACCCCGAGACCACCACGAUCUUCCAGGACUACGUGACCCAGCAGUGCGAAGAGCGAACUUUUGACUGCUACGCCAACCUGGCAUUGCUGAAACUCUACCAAUUCAACCCCCACCUCCUCCAACCCGAUACCGUAACCAAUGUCCUCGUCAAGGCUCUGACCGUGUUCCCAUCUCCCGCCUUCUCUCUCUGCCUCGCCCUUCUUCCUCCUCACACUCAGCCUUUCCCCACCACCUCCGAGGCCAAAGCGGCCUCGCAGACCUCUGACUUCGUCGAGUCCGUGCAAAAGCUCUCUCACCUCUCCACUCUCCUCGAGUCCGCCCAGUACACCCAAUUCUGGUCAACCCUGAACUCUGACGACCUCUAUGCCGACCUGACCGCCGAUGUGGCUGGCUUUGAGGAGCUGAUCCGUAUCCGCAUUGCCGUCGAGGUCGGGAAGGCCUUCCGCACCGUCAAGGCCGAGUCCCUGGAGCAGUGGCUGGACAUCCGCGGCCGUGAGGCUCUCGAGAAGUUCGUCACUGAAGUUUGUGCCUGGAAGGUUGACGGUGCUCUCGUACAGGUCCCUGCCAACAAGGAGAACGAGGCUCGCAGUGAAGUUAAGAGCGAGCGUGUCGGCAUCGAGCAGUUUGGCCGCGUUAUCCGCCGCGGAUUCGAGCUGCCCGUAUAA